CUCCAUCACCUUCAAUUUUUUUACGUGCUUGUUGUGUGAAAAAUUAAAAACAACAUGGCUGUCUCGGCGCCAUCCUCAAAUGAUGCUUGUCUCAGUAUUGUUCAUAGUUUAAUGUGUCACAGGCAAGGCGGUGAAUCAGAAUCUUUUGCAAAGAGAGCUAUAGAAUCCUUAAUAAAAAAGUUAAAGGAGAAAAAGGACGAGCUUGAAGCUUUAAUAACAUCCAUAACAACUGCUGGUGCUCACCCUACGAAAUGUGUUACGAUCCAACGAACUUUAGAUGGUAGACUUCAAGUGGCAGGAAGAAAAGGUUUUCCCCAUGUUAUAUAUGCACGAAUCUGGAGGUGGCCAGACCUACAUAAAAACGAGUUAAAACAUGCAGCAUAUUGUCAGUAUGCCUUCGACCUAAAGUGUGAAAACGUUUGUAUCAACCCAUAUCACUAUGAACGAGUUGUAUCACCAGACUUAUCUACAUUAUCAAUAUCACAGCACACUUCUGAUGCUAAUAGUGCACUUAGUCCAACGCAUGGAGAUUUCAAGCCACGUGAUCUCAACGUACCACCCUACAGAGGUGGGAUGUCGAUGUCUGGUUCAGGUCAUCCACCACUACACAACGAGAUUCCCUACCGCAUGUUUCCGCCUCAGCUAAAACCCGAGAUUGACCGACCAAUACACCAACCAGUUCACGGAGAAAGACAUGGGUUACCUAGUAUGGUACCUAUGCACGUGGAAAAACAUGACAUGUCGCCACAUACAGGUGGUGGUUACUCCCAAAUGGCAAGUACCAACCUACAAGGCCGACCACCGAUCCAUGGUAGUCAUAUGACAGGCCACGGAACAGGCCUUACUUCACCACACAGUAUGGGCGCACACGCAAGUCCAUCUAUGGUGGCUCCACAUGCGCCGCAGGGUGGAAUCAAUUCGGUAGAAGCACCCACUAUGAGGGACCAUCAUAUGGAAGGAAGAGGGCACGUAGACCAUGCAGGACGUCGACCAAGUGACCACAUGAUGCAACAGGAUGGGCACGGCGUUCACAGUCCUGGUGAACAUAUUUCUGACCGUCAUCAUUCAAUGUCUGGACAUAACAGUUUCUCGUCUGCAAGCCAGUACAUGCAUCGGCCGUCUGGCAUGCCAAGUCACUCAUCCAUGUCUGGUGCUCCAUCGCAUGUAAACUCUCCCACUAUGAUGCAGGCUCACCCUGGGAUGCCACCUCAUCCGGCAAUUAAUUCCCAACCAAGUUCCAACCGAUCUUCACAGUCGUCGACGAGCGCUCCACCAUUGACUCCAGUACCACCCCACGCCGCAUCUCCAAUUCAUGCUGGUCAUAUAAGCCGACAUGGAAGUGCAAGUGAUAUAGAGAAAUUAGCUGAUCAUCAAAGUGGGACGGGAGGUCAACAAAUCUCCUCAUCGUCUGCUUCCACUACUAGUCGGCCGAGUUGGUCUGCUAUGAGCCAGCAAAGUCCUCAAACAUCGAGCACUUCUGAAGUACAAACCUCUCGAUCACACUCUGGCAUGGGCGUUUCCACCUUUCCAAUACAAUCACCGAAUUCGAGCAGCAUGACUGGCGGACAAACCUUUUGGAAUCCACCAGAACAGCCUACACAGCGCGGUGUUGAUUAUUCUCGUUCCUUGUCACAGUCAUCUACGUCUGGACUUCUAUCGAGACACCCUCCGCCCGAUUUCUGGACGACGAUUGCAUAUUACGAAUUGGAUCAACAAGUGGGAGAAAUCUUUAAAGUUCCACAGCGUUGCAGCAGCGUCAUAGUGGAUGGUUACGUGGAUGCUUCUGGUAACGGUGGAAAUCGAUUUUGUUUGGGACAGCUUUCAAAUGUUCACAGAACUGAGGCUAGCGAAAAAGCGCUUUUGCAUAUCGGACGAGGUAUCCAACUUGACAGACGAGGUGAAGGUGAUGUUUGGGUGCGCUGUUUGAGCGACCAAAGUGUGUUCGUUUCAAGUUACUACCUAGACAGACAAGCUGGUCGCUCACCCGGCGAUGCGGUGCACAAAAUAUACCCUCAAGCUUACAUAAAAGUUUUUGAUUUACGCAUGUGUUUUGAACAAAUGAAACAGCAAGCGCAAGCUGCUCAGGCUGCUGCCGCCGCUCAGGUGGCUGCUGUGGCUGGCGGUGCAGGUGCAGCGUAUAGUAUGAGUCAUCCAUCAGCUACUAUCGGCGUGGAUGACUUGCGCAGACUUUGUUUACUCCGUCUCAGCUUCGUGAAGGGCUGGGGUCCUGAUUAUCCGAGGCAGUCUAUAAAGCAGACUCCAUGUUGGAUUGAAGUUCGUCUGCAUCGGUCUUUACAGCUGUUGGACGAAGUUCUGCACCAGAUUCCUAUCAAUGAGCCAAUGCCGAGCGAUCGUUGAUAGAAACAUUUCCGCCUGGCUUGUUACUGUGAUGCUUUGCCAAUUUACCGCGGUUUGGAAAUUCUUUUAAAAUAAAGUCUACAUUUCUUAAAAACGAAAGUUCUGCCCUCACAUUGGAGCUGGGAUCUUACUGUUGCAGAUUGAAUGAUCUUUAAAAAUUAGCUAUCCUGUUUUAAAUAACUUUUAUAUAUUUAAGUGUAUUAUAUUUUUUAGAUUUUUUAAUUUUAAAUACGACACUUUAUUUUUAUUUUUUACAUAUAUGGACAAUGUAUACUGUGUGCCGUGAACGUUCAGUCUAUAAGAGUACAUUUUAGUGGUAA